AUGCUACUCCGCCGCGCCGCCGCCGCCGCAGCAGCGAAGCUCUCCACCUCUUUGACCUCUGAGCGAGCCCUUCGUCACGUGGGCGCCGCCGGCCGCGGCCACGGCCACGGCCACGCCACCACCUCGUCUUCGAACCCACGCCGCCGCGGCCACCGUCGUGCGCCUACGGCUGAGUCCGAGCCCCUCACUUCCACCGCCGCGCCCCGUCCGUUCCCGGACUACCACCCUCCCCGACCUGACUCGCCGGACGACGACGCCCUCGCGCGCCGCCUCGCCGCCGCGGUGCUCGCCUCGCCUCACCCCACCUCCCUUCCUCCGCUCCCCUUCCUGCCCCUCCUCCGCCCAAUCCACCUCCUUCUCGGGCUCCCGCUCCUCGCCUCCCACCCGCACCUUGCCGGCCUCCUUCUCCCUCUCCUCCUCCUCUUCCCCUCCCGCCCUCAGCAGCACCCGCACCCGCACCUGCUCCGCUGCUUCGCCGUCGCUGCUCACCUCGCCGUAGUACGCGGCGCCGGCGCCGCACGCGCCAUCCUCGUGCGCGCAGUCCGCUUCCCCUCCCCUCAUAGGCAUUUCGUCGAGCACUACAUCUCCACCUACAAGGCUUUCUCCUCGGACCCCGCCUCCUUCGACCUCCUCCUCUUGUGCCUCCCCUCCGCGCCCCUACUGCGCCGCCUCCGCCAGUACGGCAUCUCCCCGUCCCCGGAGGCCUGCAACGCCGUGCUCUCCCGCCUCCCUCUUGAUGAAGCCAUCGAGUUGUUUCAAGAACUCCCGGACAAGAACGUUUGCUCCUACAAUAUACUACUCAAGGCGCUCUGUGGUGCUGGCCGCGUGAAGGAUGCACGCCAGCUGUUCGAUGAAAUGGCUUCACCGCCCGAUGUUGUCACGUAUGGGAUUCUUAUCCAUGGAUACUGUGCUCUUGGUGAGCUGGAGAAUGCGGUGAAGCUGUUGGAUGACAUGGUGGCAAGAGGGGUGGAGCCAAAUGCAACUGUGUAUACUAGUGUUGUUGCAUUAUUGUGUGACAAAGGGCGGGUUUCAGAUGCUUUGAGAGUUGUGGAGGAUAUGUUCCAGCAUAAGGUGGUAUUGGAUGAGGCUGUGUAUACGACUGUCUUGAGUGUUUUUUGUAAUAAAGGGGAUUUGGUAUCUGCAAGAAGGUGGUUUGAUGAGAUGCAGAGAAAAGGUUUGGCAACUGAUGGGGUGACAUACACAACACUGAUCAAUGGGCUUUGCCGGGCUGGUGAACUGAAAGAGGCAGAGAAAGUGCUUCAGGAAAUGUUCGCCAGGCGGUUGGAUGUUGAUGAAGUAACAUACACUGUGCUUAUUGAUGGGUACUGCAAGAGAGGGAAGAUGGCGGAGGCCUUUCAGGUGCAUAAUGCAAUGGUUCAGAGAGGAGUGACUCCAAAUGUAGUGACAUAUACAGCUUUGUCAGAUGGACUAUGCAAGCAAGGGGAUGUCCAGGCCGCUAAUGAGCUAUUGCAUGAGAUGUCUAACAAGGGGCUUGAGCUUAAUGUUUGCACAUACAACUCCCUGAUCAAUGGCCUAUGCAAGGCAGGCUAUCUGGAGCAGGCCAUGAGGACUAUGGCAGACAUGGAUGCAGCGGGUCUUAAACCGGAUGUUUACACCUAUACAACUCUUAUUGAUUCACUCUGCAAGUCAGGGGAGCUUGACAGGGCUCACGACCUCUUGCAAGAGAUGUUAGAUAAAGGAAUUAAGCCUACUAUAGUGACUUACAAUGUUUUGAUGAAUGGUUUUUGCAUGUCAGGUAGGGUAGAAGGAGGAAAGAAGCUGCUUGAGUGGAUGCUGGAGAAGAACAUCCAUCCAAAUGCUGCAACUUACAAUUCUCUUAUGAAGCAGUACUGCAUUGGCAAUAACAUGAAAUCUACCACUGAGAUCUAUAAGGGGAUGUGUUCUCGGAAUGUGGAGCCAAAUGAGAAUACAUACAAUAUAUUGGUCAAGGGGCACUGCAAGGCAAGGAAUAUGAAAGAGGCACUAUAUUUCCACUACGAAAUGAUAGAGAAGGGUUUCAGACUUACUGCAACCUCAUACAGUGCUCUUAUAAGAUUGCUGAAUAAAAAGAAGAGAUUUGUUGAGGCAAGAAAACUAUUUGAUGAUAUGAGGAAGGAAGGUUUGACAGCUGAACCAGAUGUAUACAAUUUUUAUAUUGAUUUCAAUUUUAAUGACGACAAUUUGGAGUCAACCCUUGCUCUUUGUGAUGAACUCGUGGAAGCCAGUAUCGUGAAAUCGAAAGCUGAAAUGGAUCAAGAUGUUGUAAAGGAACAUAUACAUUAG